AAAUAGCUGAACAGUUUGUGAAGUUGAAGUGAUUUUUAAAUUGAUUACCAAAUUGUUUGAUUUUAAAAGGGUAUGUAACAUGAAAUAUUCGCAAUUUGAAAAAGUCACGUAUGAACACAGCGGCUCAAUGGACACCUAGUUUGACCUAAUACAGGGCAGGAUUUCGUCGGCCGGUCAAGAUGUCGGUUGAAAAGUAAAUGAAAAUUUGGAUUACAGAACCGGAAACAACCCUGGUCCUGAAGAUGUCGCUACCCCAGUAAAACGAGCGCUGAGCGCCGCGAUUGUGACCUACAUCCACAGUGUGACAGCGACGUCCCGACGCUCGACGUCUCCGUUUUGAAAAACGCGGUUAUAUCGCGCCUUCGUCCCGCAUCGAUCCGCGAACUAAAUAGUUGCAAUUUAUAUUUGAUUGUGUUUUAUGUGAAUAAAUUAGGAAGAACAGUUUCCUUCUCAAUUUUAUUUGUGGUUUGAAGUGUAGCUAUGGCUUGUCUGAACUCGAUCAAGACAGGGAUUAAAAAAUCUCAUUGAUUUUGCUCUAUGAUUACAUCAAUUUGGUUGCGAAUUAUUUAUCAAGAGUACGACAACAUACAGAUAAGAAUGGCGCUAAGGCACGGCAGCGUUGGAAUGGCUAGCGUGACCAGCAGCGAGCUAUGGUUACGGCACGGCUAGCCUGGGGCAUUCGUCCCCAUCGAUGAUGGGCGACCGCGACGGCGGAAGCGGCGAAGCGGAUGGGGGGCCCGCCGCCAUCGCCGCCGUGCGUUGGGACGAACCGGCGGCCCCCCUAGUUAUUCCCGGAUCCCCGCCACUGGACCUUGGGGUCUUAGGGGCGUCGACACAUCAGUCUUAUGAGCCGCCGCCGCUGCCCCUACCCCUACAGCGACCGUACUCGAGGAGCAUGUCAUCGUUACCGCCGGAAACGUUUAUGAUCAUGCGCUCAAAGGCCCUCAACAGACGCGUCAUCCUCAACGUAGGAGGCGUGAAGCAUGAGGUACUUUGGCGUACGCUCGAUAGACUACCCCAUACUCGCCUGGGACGAUUACGCGAUUGUAACACCCAUGAAGCCCUUAGCGAACUUUGCGACGAUUAUUCGCUGAUCGACAACGAAUAUUUCUUUGAUCGACAUCCGAAGUCGUUUUCCUCCAUCUUGAACUUUUACAGGACCGGCAAGUUGCAUCUUGUCGAUGAGAUGUGCGUUUUGGCUUUUAGUGACGAUUUGGAAUAUUGGGGGAUAGACGAACUUUACUUGGAGUCAUGCUGCCAGCAUAAAUACCAUCAGAGGAAAGAGCACGUUCAUGAGGAAAUGAGAAAAGAGGCCGAAUCGCUUCGUCAGCGGGACGAGGAAGAAUUUGGUGAGGGUCAAUGUUCUCAGUGGCAAAAAUGGCUGUGGGACAUGUUAGAAAAGCCGACAACUUCAAUAGCUGCAAGGGUAAUAGCCAUCGUAUCCAUAUUGUUUAUCGUGCUCUCCACCAUUGCGUUGACCCUAAAUACGAUCCCCAGCAUGCAAGUAAACGACGAGAAGGGAAAUUUCCAAGACAACCCUCAACUGGCCAUGGUGGAAGCAGUCUGCAUAACGUGGUUCUCCUUGGAGUACAUUCUUCGGUUCAGCGCGUCACCGAACAAAUGGAAAUUUUUCAAAGGGGGAUUGAAUAUCAUAGACUUACUAGCCAUACUGCCUUAUUUUGUGUCCCUAUUUUUACUAGAAACGAAUAAAAACGCUAACGAUCAAUUUCAAGAUGUCCGGCGAGUAGUGCAAGUGUUUAGGAUAAUGCGAAUUUUACGGAUACUGAAACUGGCCCGACAUUCAACCGGAUUGCAAUCGCUGGGAUUCACUUUGAGGAAUUCCUAUAAGGAACUUGGGCUGUUAAUGCUUUUUCUUGCCAUGGGGGUCUUAAUAUUUUCGAGUUUAGCUUAUUUUGCCGAAAAAGAGGAACCCGGUACUAAAUUCAUUUCGAUACCAGAAACUUUUUGGUGGGCGGGCAUCACGAUGACCACAGUGGGGUACGGAGAUAUUUAUCCCACAACGCCGCUGGGCAAAGUCAUAGGAAGCGUGUGCUGUAUUUGCGGGGUGCUGGUGAUUGCGUUACCCAUUCCUAUAAUUGUUAACAAUUUUGCCGAGUUUUAUAAGAACCAAAUGAGAAGAGAGAAGGCCCUGAAGAGGCGGGAGGCGUUGGAGCGAGCGAAACGCGAGGGCAGCAUCGUUUCAUUCCACCAUAUCAACUUGAGGGACGCUUUUGCCAAGAGCAUGGACCUCAUCGAUGUCAUCGUCGAUACAGGUCAUAAUGCAACGCAAGCAGAUGGGAACAGUGAAGGCGAUUCUACAGGAGGAGGAGGUAUCAACUCAUCUGAAACAGGUGCUGAUUGCUACAAAAACUUCGAAUACUUUCCAAAUAGAGAUAGGAGCUAUUCUUCCACGACCCCUUGUCUUCCUACCAGCGAUGGUCCUCCUCCUCCGUGUACGCCUAUAACUCAUCGACGACAUCUUUUGGAUACGAGCGGUUCAAAUUCGCUGGAUGAAGAAAGAUGUUUGAUGGCACCGUUGGCUCAGGACGAAACGCAACUUCUUCCUGGGUCUCCUAUGGGAUACAUGUCUCCUUCUGUGGGCAGCAAAACAUCCGACAAAAGGACGACAGAAAAACUUGAGGAAAUGCCGAACGAAUUUGAAUGUUGCUUUUGCAAUACUAAGAACUACAAGAAUUUUGUCGAUGCUGAAAGUCUGAUGCCGCUGCCUACAAGCGAUUUUCGAAAACCCGUUUGCAUGGAAAUGAAAAUGUUGGAAAUGGAAGCAAUGCAGGAAAAAUCCAGCCAAUUUCUCUAUGAAACGUAUGCUGAAGAGAAUGCUGUACCUCCACCUCGAGCGAAUGGUGGUGAUUUGGCUAGUAUGGACAGUUCGGACACUUUCGCGACUUGCACUACGUUUCCAUCUAAUUCUCAGGCUGAUCUUACGGCAGAUAUUUUAGACUCAACAUUGCUAAACAUGGACAGCAACUUGUACAUAAACCCGCUAGAUAAGUCUUUAGAAAAUAGCCCCGCUAUACCUCCGAUUCCAUCGCAAAAUCAAAAAAUAUCCGGCGUGAAAAAAUCUGCAAGCGGUGACACAGCUCUGAGAAGUUUGGGGUCUACACCACUUGAAGAAAAAGUUGGCUUCCGUCCACUGCAGAAUGUUGGCGAUAGAGGAAGCAGAUCUAGUUUAGAUGGAUCGCCUGGACCCCGGAAACAAAAGACUCGGUUCCAGCUUCACAAGUUUUCGGCAAAAGAGGCGGGAUUUUUUUUUCAAAUUCCAAGGCCCCAGUUACGGACAGCAGAAACUCAACGCAGCUCUCAGGAUAGUUUAGAAAAGCGCAACAAACAGGGCUUUGCUCCUGGGAAAGGCUUGGCUUCAGCCGCUCGAAUUUUGAACCAUCAUCUUUUUGGGGAUAAUCCAGGAAGCCCAAGAUCAGGGAGGAAUAAUACAAGUAAAUCGUCGCUCUCAGUGGACUCGAUCGAUAGUCGCGAAACUGCCACCCCACAAAAGGAAUCCAAUAGAAAAUCGAGAUCGAUCUUGAAGAAAGCUGAUAGUUGCGGAAACGGGCGUGGACGAGAUGUGGAUCCUGAAAGCGAAAGACUUCUCUCGGAUAAUGGAUCAGGCAUAUUUGAUCUGUCCAAUUAUUCGCCCGUGCCUCAGCUUAAUAAGCUCCAAGCCAAACGCUCAAAAAUGCAAUCAUCAGCAUAUCAGCAGGAAUUGGACCGCACUAGAAGUUUUAAGUCCCAGCUUUUGCGGCUGGAGAAUAUCGUCAAUAAGCCAAGUGAUUCUGCCCAAAUAAAUCAGGCUCCGUUAUAUAUCUGCCCCCCACCGCCUCCCGUUGAUAGUGUUAACUUUUCCCCAACUGAAGAAACACACCUCCUCUCAGUGUUGGGAACUCUGGACACGAUGUCCUCUUCUCAGGUGUCUUGCCACUAUAGGAAUGAUGGAUCUAAUCCGACAACGUAGCAUUUAAAGUGGAACCAAUCGACCCAUAGUCGGCAAAGUUCAUCAAAAACGUCAAUUCUAAAACAAUCUGUUGUAUGGUUAAUUAAGUAACAUUUCCCAAUGGCGCAACUAAUUUUUCCAAAUAAAUACGCCUAUUUAUCAAUCAAGAUUGUUUAUUGUUACUACGUUACUAUGAAUAUAGGGAUAAAUUGAAUAAGAAAAAAAAAUGCAUCGUUAUUACGCCACUGGGAAUGUGGGUAAGGGUUUGGGUGUGCCCUUUGUGCAACAAGUGAUAUCGUUUGGAUGCAAUAUUGAGUGUGCGAACAAAAAAAAACAUGAGCAAUAACGAUAGAAUAUAUGG